CCGCUCGGCUCCCGACUUAACACCGAACAUGAGACGAUCUGCAGCACCAAGUCAGCUACUUGGAAACAUUACCAAAAAACCAAGGUUCAUAGUCCCAGGGAGUGCUAACAAAAAGAAUCUGGAUGAACAGACCAAAACCCCAGGAACCGAAGUUAAAUUAAUCGAGGGUGAUGCAAAUGACAGGAAGGAUUCUCCACCUUCAGAAGCUGGCUCUGCAAUAUGUAGUUCAAAUGAAAAUUCAACACAUGCCAAGGAAGCAACCAAAAUGCACCAUGUGGGAAACUGCAGUGCAAAACAACAGUUGAAAACACCUGAAAUGGAAAUAUUGGUCACUUCUGGUCCAGGUGCAAGGGAAACAACAAAAGCUAAAGAAGAAGAAAAGGAUCCGGGCAGCCUAACAAAGUAUUUCAGUGUCAUCUGGUGUAAGGCUUCGAAGAAAAAGCACAAAAAGUGGGAAGGUGAUGCUGUGCUAAUUGUCAAAGGAAGGUCAGUGACCUUGAAGGAUAUGGAAGGCAAAGACAUUGGAAAAGGUGCUGGCUAUAAAUUCAAAGACCUGGAAAAUCUUAAUGAGGGUCAAACCCUGAUGAUUGGUGCUAAAGAAAUAGAAGUUUUGGGUGUAAUUACCGCAGAUGACUUUAGCAGCGGCAAAUGUUUUCAGUCAGCUCUAGCAGGCCCCUCUGUUGUGACCGCUUCUUCACAGUGUGUUCUGAAACCGUUCUGUAGCCCAGCCAGAGGUACCUCCGAAACCAACACCAAGCCAAAUACACCAAAAGAUUCCCAAAUUGUCAAACCUCGCCAUGAUCCUGCGGCUCCAAACGCCUUCGUCAUGCCACGGCCAGCCAAGAACCACCAGUGGAUGUUCAAUAGGUCUGGCUUACCCCUGGUGGAUGUAGUCGUGGAUCCCUACCUCGUAAACCAUCUCCGGCCUCACCAAAAAGAAGGCAUCCUCUUCCUUUUCGAAUGUGUGAUGGGAAUGAGAGUGAAUGGCAGAUUUGGAGCUAUUCUAGCUGAUGAAAUGGGUUUAGGGAAAACACUACAGUGCAUUUCCCUCAUCUGGACACUCCUACGUCAGGGACCCUACGGAGGAAAACCCAUAAUAAAGCAGACGCUCGUUGUCACCCCCGGCAGCUUGGUAAAUAAUUGGAAGAAAGAAUUUCAGAAAUGGUUGGGAACGGAAAGGAUCAAGGUUUUCAGUGUUGACCAGGAGCACAAAGUGGAAGAGUUCAUCAAAUCCCCAUUUUAUUCAGUACUUAUCAUAAGCUACGAGAUGCUGCUUCGCUCCCUGGAGCAAAUUAAAAAUAUAGACUUCAGCCUUCUAAUCUGCGACGAAGGGCAUCGUUUGAAGAACAACUCCAUUAAGACAACUACAGCGCUUAUUAGCCUCUCUUGUGACAGAAGAAUAAUUCUUACUGGCACACCAGUACAAAACGAUCUACAAGAAUUUUACGCAUUGAUCGAGUUUGUGAAUCCUGGAAUAUUAGGUUCUUUGUCAACGUAUCGAAAAAUAUAUGAGGAACCCAUUAUCCGAUCCCGAGAACCCUCUGCCACUAAGGAAGAAAAGGAGUUAGGAGAAAAAAGAGCAGCCGAGCUCACACGCCUCACUGGAAUGUUUAUCCUUAGGAGAACCCAAGAGGUCAUCAAUAAAUACCUUCCUCCUAAAAUAGAGAGCGUGGUCUUUUGCCGUCCAGCCGCGCUACAGAUUGAACUUUAUCGGAAGCUGCUGAAUUCCAGAGCCAUUAGUUUCUGCCUGCAAGGGAUGUUGGAAAAUAGUCCUCAUUUAGUAUGUAUAGGAGCACUUAAAAAGCUUUGUAAUCACCCCUGCCUUCUGUUCAAAGCUAUAAAGGAGAAAGGAUGCAACUCCACUCGUGAUGACUUUGAAGAGAGCAAUGUUUAUGAGGGUUUGGUAGAUGUUUUUCCACCAGAUUACAGCCCAGUCACGUUUCCUGAGAUGGACUCGGGAAAACUUCGGGUUUUGAUCAGGCUGCUGGCAGUCAUCCGAGAACUUAGUCCUUCUGAGAAGGUUGUGCUGGUUUCGAAUUACACCCAAACGCUGACCAUCUUACAAGAGAUUUGCAGGCGUCACGGGUACGCUCACACCCGCCUCGACGGUCAAACUCCCGUCUCCCAGAGGCAGCACAUCGUCGACGGGUUCAACAGUAAACAUUCCCCGGAUUUUGUGUUUUUAUUGAGCUCGAAGGCCGGCGGGGUGGGACUCAACCUGGUCGGAGGGUCUCAUUUAAUUCUGUACGACAUCGACUGGAAUCCCGCCACCGACAUCCAGGCAAUGGCCAGAGUGUGGCGAGAUGGUCAGAAACGCCCUGUGCACAUCUACAGACUCCUAACUACCGGGACGAUAGAAGAAAAGAUUUAUCAGAGGCAGAUCAGUAAGCAGAGCCUUUCUGGGACUGUGGUAGACCUGACGAAGGCGUCAGAGCACAUCCACUUCUCCGUGGAGGAACUGAGGAACGUGUUCACGCUGCAUGAGGACUCCAGCUGUGUCACCCACGAUCUGCUGGACUGCGAUUGUGUGGAAAGAGAAGUUCGGCGAGCUGAUUCUUUGGGAAAGGUCUCCACCUAUAGAAGUUGUCAGCUUGGCCCACAUUCCCAGCCGCCCAACUCCAAGAAACCUCUUUCCAUGUCGCAGCUGAAACAAUGGAAACAUUUUUCUGGGGAAAACCAGGAUCUCACAGAUCCCUUCUUAAAAAGGGUACAAGAAAACGUUUCCUUCAUUUUUCAGAAUGUAACCAACCAAGGUACUACGCUUUAAUGUAAGAAAGUAUUUUAUACCAUUGAGUCACUUUCUCUGUAGAUUGACAGCGGGGCUCGGAGUAUCAUUUAAUUCCAGGGAAAUAGAGCUAUUUGUAGGGAAGACUUGAGGGGAGAGUUUAAAUUACAAUAAUGUUUUCUCAUACAUUGUAAAGAGUCUUGUUUUAAUAAAGCAUUCCGUUGUUUGUCAUUCUUAAUGGA